AAACACCCAGUUCACGAAUAUAGACAAGCCUUCAAAAGCCCGUAAUCUGAGCGGAGGAUCAUCUACAUCUUCCACCCCAGUCCCUCUAAGUCCUGCCGACGCACAGCGGUUGACUCAAGCGCAUUUGAAAACCCCCAUCUCGACACCAUACUCCAAAACAGACGCUGGCCAACCACCUCCUGUUCGGGUAUCUGGUGGGCAUAACAAGAUGCAUCAAACCUCUUCUCGGCUACUCCGCAUGACGGAUGACGAUCGCCCUUUCACUCGUGACUUCAAAGAUUUAUUUUCGACAUUGAUAGUUAGCCUGCUUCCACUAUCACCUCAUCGAGUACGAUUAACAAGGGUGGAACAUACAUUCUUGUCUGAAGAUGCAAUCAACAAUCUUGGCUCCCUCAAAUUCUCACAGUCUAAUCGGAUGCCUGACCCGAAAGACCCCACUCGCAUCGUAACAACUACCACCACAACUACGUUCUCUAUGGCUAAGGAUAUGGCUAGAUCGAUAUGUCAACGGUUCUUGGAUGCGAGGUUCAUUGAAUCAGCUGAUGGCAAGUUACAGGCGGUCUAUACUAUGAAGGGCGCUGUAUGGCAAUUGACACCAAAGGGUGUAUGUGUCCUUGACCGCUUCUGUUCACGAAAUGGAAUUCAGCAAAGGCAAAUAGGGGACUUAAUUGCUCAAGGAUCAAGCCAUCUCUGUAUUCUGGAAAGAGAUCCUACAACAGAUAAAUUGGUCAUGGAUCGGGGCACGAUGGAAGUCGUUUUCAGGCGGUUGUGUGGCGCGAGCGGAGGAUUGAACAUCAAAUCGAACGUUAACGCCGCUGAUUCCGACUCAUUGAGCGAUUAUAGGGAUGGUCUAACAGGCGUAAAAAUGGCCAGUGAGCGCAAGGUCAAUGGCAAGAUAUACAGGGAUACAUUCACCGGGAAGGGUUGCUCAGACUGGUUAAUGGAUUGUUGUACAACCGUUGAUAGGCGUGAGACUUACGAGAUGGCAUCACUCUUUGUUGAGUACGAGUUGAUGGAAUCUAUUCAAGCAGACCGGGCUUACAUGGCGACUUCUUCAUCGGCAGCUAUUUUCCAGCCGACCAAGAACGCGAUCUACCAAUUAACAACCCGGGGCAAGGAGAUUCUCAGCGGUACCGGAAGGGGUCGAACCUCAGAGAGCGAAGGCCUGGGGCAAUCUGUACGUCCUGGUGUCGCCAGAGAUUCCAACACUCAGCGCCUCGACAAGAUCUUGAAUGAUGCGGCCCUGAGACUGCUAUUCCGCGAAAACCUGCGGGAAACUCACUGUGAAGAGAACUUGUCGUUUUACUUGGAUGUCGAAGAGUUCGUUCGUGCUUGUGUUGGUGCUAUCAAAUCGGCUCAAAAGAAUCCAAAUUCUACGUCAAUGGAUGGCAUCAAGGAAAUCAUGGCCCAAGCCUACGGCAUUUAUAACGCCUUCCUAGCACCCGGCUCUCCUUGCGAGUUGAACAUUGACCACCAGCUACGGAGUAACCUGGCUACCCGCAUGACGAAGGCUGUUGGGCAAGAUGUUGCCAUGAUCGAUACUCUACAUGAAGUUACGGGGCUCUUCGAAGAUGCUCAGAAUGCAGUUUUCAAACUAAUGGCAAGUGACUCGGUGCCUAAAUUCUUGCGCAAUACCAAGUACGAGCACACAUUAAAGAACUACGACUUCGACUCUAUCGUCGUCGGAGGCAACCGCGGUCCUGAAAGAAGCCAGAGCCGAUCUAACAGUAAAAAGACUCAACUACGCUAACCAAGCCUUUACCGCUCACAAGCACGGCCAUGAAUAAUGUUAAAAGUUAUAGCAGGCCUGCCUGAAUAAGGUGUCGCUUGGAUCCCUCUUCUUAACGUGCUACGAGACUGCAUGCAAGCCGCCUACUGUUAACUACUAAUACCACAAUCUUUGCGAAUAUUGAAUUUGGAACCUCUUGUUUUCCUGGAGAUAUAGGCGUUGAAGGAUAAACUAGCAUAGAGACACCCUC